AUGGUCUAUAGAGCACGAACACGCACACCUCUCUCUUGUCUUUUCAUCUUUCUCUUUUCCUUUUUUUUUUCUUUUCAUUUCUCCCAUCUCUCCCUUACUAUUUUUUGUUAUUUUCUUUUUCCUUCUUCUUCAUCCUCCCUGCUUCUGUCUCAAUCUCUCUCUUUUUUUCUUCUUCUUCCUCCCCCCCUUCCUUUUCUUCUGUUCUUUUUUUUUUCCCUUUCCGUAACCAACCCAGACCGAGCCACCUCUCAAGUAACAAAACACCACCACGAUUUCUCUAAAAUUGCAAGAAUAGUGAACCCCAAGGAGAAGAAUAAGAAACAAGGAGGCGUGAUCGUCUGGCUAUGUGGAUCAAUACAUUCUAAGUUGUUGUUGGAAGCAAAAGAGGAAGCUACAUCAAGAUCUUGCAUUCAAAUGUUUGUGAUGCAUGCAUCCAUGGCAAUUGGCAUGCUCAUGUCGAUUUCAGUUUCAUGUCAGAUUGCAAGAAUAGUGAACCCCAAGGAGAAGUCUUUUAGAAACAAGCUCCAAGUGAGAAGGAAGAGAUUGUACACAAUUCCAAAUGGAACUAAGGCUAAGAGGUCAAGGUACCAGCUCUUAGCCAGAAGGCAAUGGACUAUGCACAAGGCAAUUGAGGACCUAGUUCCCAAGGGGCACAACUGACCCAACAACCUCAAACUAAAAGCCACCCUCCUUCAAAUGAGCCACAAACUAGUCAAUCAAGCAAAUUUCACUGCAUUUUACUACCGCAGAAGGGAGUCAAACUAGGAAGACGAUGAAAAAAAUUGCACAGAGGAAGUACUUUAUCAAAGACCCCUUCCUCCACCCUUGAAGAUGAUGUAUUAAUUGAAAUGGUUUUAGUGAUGUUUGAAUGGAAAAGGGACAUUAGUUAUUAAAUUCAAGAAAUUCUAUUGUUUUGUUCUUAUAUCUAAAGAGAAAAAAAGAGGAGAGACAAAAUAAAUAGAUUUUCCUUCCACAUGUUCCCUAUUUUAUUAUUUCUAAGAACAUAGUGGAGAUAUUUGGUUAUACCGUUUGCCGCAACAAUAUUCUGCUUUCGUUAGGUGUUGCGGAAUAUCUAAGUUCAUUGCCUUUCAUGUAAGAACUAAUGAAUGACACCAUGUCAAAGCAGAUAUGUCUUGAGAUAUGGUCAGUUAGGCGAUCGUAUAUAUGCUUCAUCUAUUAUAUUUGGUGAAGUUAUUGAA